GCUUCACUUUACUGCCUCACAACAUUCAGAAAUGAUUUACCCUUCAACAGUGAAGUGUAAAUUCAGAGAAUGUGUAAUCCACAUACAUGGAGUACAUUGAACUCACCUUUCAGGUCCAAGAUCAGUAGACAACAUAUUUUUUAUUCCUUGUAUUCCCUGCUGAUAUCAUUUUAUGACACUGUGUUUUUGUCUAAACUAUUACAUAAUGAUAUUGAUACUUAUUACAUGCUCAUAUUUAUGUAACUUUUAAAAGUAGUAGUACUCAGUGAAUGUUCUACAUAGUGCUAGUGUCCUACAGCCCAGCCGUGCUGUCCAGCACCUGUUAAUGUCAGGCGGCUAUGAAGAAGCACGCUCCCAUCCCAUAAAGGGUAUUUAUGUAACUGUUAAAGACGGUCCUGUUUGACUCUGCUCUCACACUGCACACUGAGCAUGCAUUUUAUAAGUUCAAGUCAGAUAGUGUUUCUCUAUAAUGACAACUGUCAGAGGGGGAUACACAGAGAUCCUGAUGUUAUCGGUCUUUCACAGUGGAACAACUUGACACAUACACAAGGAAAGCUUCUUCUCAUGCUCAUAUUGUGUAAGGCUUCUCAGCUGUCAGUGCUUCAUGAGAAGAAACAAACAACUUGUGAGGUCAUAUGUUACUAUUUACUGUGUGUGUGUGUGUGUGUGUGUGUGUGUGUGUGUGUGUGUGUGUGUGUGUGUCAGGUACACUGAGUGUGUUGCUGUCCUUUGCCUUCAUCUUCAACCAGUGUCUGGGCUGUGACUCCCUCACCCCCCAGUGGGCCAGUUUGACCUACUUCAUCCCGUUUAUCAUCGUCUUUCAGUUUGGCUGGGCCGCCACCCAGAUCUCCCACCUGUCUCUAAUUCCAGAGCUGGUCACCUGUGAGCAUGCUAAAGUAGAACUCACUGCAUACAGGUAUGCAUUCACAGUGAUAGCCAACAUCGCGGUGUAUGCAGUGGCUUACCUGCUGUUCCACAUGCAGGCCGGGGGGGAUGAAGACCCUCUCAGUGAUGUGCUUGGACCAGUAGAUAUCCCCGUCUUCAGGAAUCUGGCGCUGAUAGUGCUGGGUAUCGGGGCUCUCUUCUCCCUCUUCUUCCACCUGGGAAUCACAGAGAGGAAGCUGGGAGCAGGAGGGGAGGCUGGAGAAGAGGAAGGGAGGAAGAGAAUGGAGGAGGAGGAGGAGGAGGAGGAGGAGCGGAGGCCACUGCUUCCCCACACCUCCUCGUCUCUUCUGCAGUGGAAGUGUUGGCUGCAGCAGCCUUCUUUUUACCAGGUGGCCUUACUCUACAUGUCUACCAGGUUAAUCGUAAAUCUGUCUCAGACAUACAUCUCAAUGUAUCUCAUCAACACUCUGGGGCUGCCCAAGAAGUUCAUCGCAACAAUCCCAUUAGUGAUGUUCCUGAGUGGCUUCCUGUCCUCCUUCAUCAUGAAGCCCGUCAGUAAACUCAUUGGAAAAUGUCUCACCUACUUCGUGGGCCUGCUGCUGAUUAUGGCCUUCUCCUACUGGGUGCUGUUGGAAGGCAGGAUGGGUCAGCAGAUUUACGGGGCCGCUGUGCUGCUGGGGGUGGGGUCAGCCACCAUCCUGGUCAUAUCGCUCUCCAUGACCGCUGAGCUCAUCGGCGGUCAGACGCAAAGUGGAGCAUUUGUGUAUGGAGCCAUGAGUUUCACUGAUAAGGUGGCUAAUGGGUUGGCUGUGAUGGUCAUCCAGGCUUUGCAUCCUUGCCAUACUGUGGUGUGCUGUCCCGCCUGUGUGUGGUUUUAUCAUUACAUCAUGGUCAUAGUAACGGGAGGCGUGGCUGUCGUCGCAGCUUUGGCGCUCUGCUCCAUCCUCAUCUGGCCAAUCAGGAUCAGACCACGUGAGUCACACUUCAUCUAUCUAUCUAUCUAUCUAUCUAUCUCAACAAAAUGA